CCGUCGCUAGCCCCGCCUCCGAACCGGUUUAAAAGACUGGCGCAGGGGCGGGCGCCGAGCAGAGCGAGCUGCGGCCGUGGCAGCUGCACGGCUACUGGUCCCGGAGCAUGCGCGAGAGCCGCCCCGGAGCGCCCCGGAGCCCCCCGCCGCCCCGCCCGCGGCGCCCCGCGCCCCGCCGCCAGCGCACCCCCGGACGCUAUGGCCCACCCCUCCGGCUGGCCCCUCCUGUAGGAUGGUAGCACACAACCAGGUGGCAGCCGACAAUGCAGUCUCCACAGCAGCAGAGCCCCGACGGCGGCCAGAGCCUUCCUCCUCUUCCUCCUCCUCGCCUGCGGCCCCCGCGCGCCCGCGGCCGUGCCCCGCGGUCCCGGUCCCGGCCCCGGCCCCCGGCGACACGCACUUCCGCACAUUCCGUUCGCACGCCGAUUACCGGCGCAUCACGCGCGCCAGCGCGCUCCUGGACGCCUGCGGAUUCUACUGGGGGCCCCUGAGCGUGCACGGGGCGCACGAGCGGCUGCGCGCCGAGCCCGUGGGCACCUUCCUGGUGCGCGACAGCCGCCAGCGGAACUGCUUCUUCGCCCUCAGCGUGAAGAUGGCCUCGGGACCCACGAGCAUCCGCGUGCACUUUCAGGCCGGCCGCUUUCACCUGGAUGGCAGCCGCGAGAGCUUCGACUGCCUCUUCGAGCUGCUGGAGCACUACGUGGCGGCGCCGCGCCGCAUGCUGGGGGCCCCGCUGCGCCAGCGCCGCGUGCGGCCGCUGCAGGAGCUGUGCCGCCAGCGCAUCGUGGCCACCGUGGGCCGCGAGAACCUGGCUCGCAUCCCCCUCAACCCCGUCCUCCGCGACUACCUGAGCUCCUUCCCCUUCCAGAUUUGACCGGCAGCGCCCGCCGUGCACGCAGCAUUAACUGGGGUGCCGUGUUAUUUUCUGUUAUUACUUGCCUGGAACCAUGUGGGUACCCUCCCCCGCCUGGGUUGGAGGGAGCGGGUGGGUGUAGGGGCGAGGCGCCUCCCGCCCUCGGCUGAAGACGAGGCCGCAGUCACCUUCUCACCUCUUGAAGGGGUCCUCCCCCUCCUGGUGCUCCCUCUGGGUCCCCCUGGUUGUUGUAGCAGCUUAACUUAACUGUAUCUGGGGCCAGGACCUGAACUCGCACCUCCUACCUCUUCAUGUUUACAUAUACCCAAUAUCUUUGCACAAACCAGGGGUUGGGGGAGGGUCUCUGGCUUUAUUUUUCUGCUGUGCAGAAUCCUAUUUUAUAUUUUUAAAAGCCAGUUUAGGUAAUAAACUUUAUUAUGAAAGUUUUUUUUAAGAAAAAAAAAAAGUUUCUAGAGAGUGUGCUUUGGCCAAAAGUCUAACUUGGUUCUGAAAAGGUCCAGGGGAGAGGGUACUAAGGCUGACCUGCUGGACUGCAGGUGGUGUACAGGGCCUGCUCUGUGGCUGGGCAUCCCUCACGGUUCCACCCACACCUCUCCAGGGAGAGAAACGGUUGGUCUAGUUUUGGCGUGUGUCCGGUAAGACAGCAGCUCGCGUUCGAGCACUUUGUGCGUACCAGCCCUGAUUCUGUGCUUUGCAUGCUUAAAUUUACUUAAUCCUAUAUAGAGAGACACAACCCUGUGAGGCACGGGCUCUUAUUUCCAUUCUACAGAAGGGAAAAGUGAGUAAAUCUGCCCGUGGCCAUUCCUGUCAAAGACAACACUUGGGC